AACCAAUACAUACUCCAUUUUUACCCCAACAAAAGAAACAGCAUAAUCCUUUCUAAGAAAGCUGCUGAAAAAGUAGGCAGUUGCAAAAAAUCAACUUCAAAUCCAUCGAGUUCUGGAAUUGGUAUUCUCAACCGUCAGUUUUCCGUUGAUUUCCCGGCAAGAAGAUCUUCAAUGGCCCAGAUUUAUCCAUCUACCUGCUUAUAGAAAGCAGUCAUGAUUCUCUCACCUCCCUCAUUAUCCCAGGUAAUGCCGCAUAUAUUUAAUAAAGAUUUGUACCUGAAGCAGCAUUGUGCUUCGGCGAUUUUCUCAAACGAAGAAAACAAGUUAUUAUUUAGAAAGGCUUUGACAAAUUCUACUCCAAAAUCACCGUCUUUCUCCAAGGGAAGUUUUCAGAAUGGAAGGCAUUGUUGGAAAAUCAAACUCGCUUUGGAUACUGGUGGAUUUCCUAGCAAUGGUGGUCAGGAAAAUGAUGUGAACGAGGACUCCCCAGGUCUUGGGCAGACACGGCUUAGCAGAAUUGUGAUUGCAGGUGGCAGACAGCUGCUAGGGAAGUUAAAUUCAGCAAGAAAGAAUUUUCCGAUGAAGGUUUUUCUUCUGUUAUUAGGAUUCUACACCGCAAAUGCACUAGCAACAAUACUUGGUCAGACAGGGGAUUGGGACGUGUUGGUUGCAGGUAUUGUAGUUGCUGCCAUCGAGGGUAUAGGUAUGCUCAUGUACAAAAAAUCUGCGUUAUCAAGUGGGAGGUUGCAAUCUUUAGUUGUGUUUAUUAACUAUUGGAAAGCCGGUGUUUGCUUAGGCCUUUUUGUAGAUGCUUUCAAAUUGGGUAGCUGAAAGAUUCUAUUUAUUCAAUUCUAUCAAUAUAGCAAUAAUGUAGUAAUUUGUACAAUG